AUGAAGAAAGAAAAGAACAGCUUAGAAGGAGUUGAUCCAUCCGAUAAUCGUGCAUUUGCUGCAAAAGGCCCUCUUGUACAAAGAAAUCAAGCUAACAAGAAAUUACAAAAGAAGAACGCAAAAAAGAACAGCUUAAAACGAGUUGAUCCAUUCAAUUAUCCUGCAUUUUCUAUAAAACGUCAUCUUGAACAAAGUAACCAAGCUAACAAGGAAUCACAAAAGAAAGCGAGAUCAUCCCCGAAGAAAGACGUAACUCCACAGAAGAAGAACAUAAAGGAAAUCGAUUUUCCUGCAAUUGUUGCAAAACGCCAUCUUGAGCAAAUAAACCAAGCUAAAAAGAGAAAUGGUAAAAGUAGAGUUCUGUCAAUUUUGGAAAGAGUUUUCUAA